AUGCAUGAAGUGGAAGAGGUUAAGAAGAGAUUUGGGGAUGAGCAAAGCACAUUACUAGACAGGUUUGAAAGGCUUUCAUUUGAGGUACAUUUAAAUCAAGCCAUUCUUGGUAGGAGUUUCUCAGAGCCUCGAGCACCUAGGUAUCAGCUGCCACAGCCACCACCACCACCACCGUUGGAAUCCAAGGUGACUCAAGGGCGGCGCCACCAACAUCACCACCGUGGGUUGAGGUUUCAGAAGGUAUUGAAGAAAUUGCUUAGGCCCAUCUUUGGUAGCCGGAAAGAAGAAAGAAAAGAAAGCAUUAAUGUUCAAAAGGAUUUUAAGUUUAUGAAGGCAUUUAGUAGGUCUCUAAGGGUUUAA